GCGCACCGUUCAUGGCAUCAGACGCAGAACGUUCUCUCAACUUCUCUCAAUCUCUGGUUCACAGAGGAAAACAAAAAACCGGCAAAUAUAAAGAUGCCAUCAGCUCUUCUCCUUCGUCAGUCAAGGAAAAAUAUGGACAGUGAUCCCUAUCAUCAGUUGUUUGUACAGCAUGGAAUCUCAGCAAGUAGCAUUCCAGUGCUACAGUUUGACUUUGUGAAUGUACAACAACUUGCCCAACUACUAGAGACACCUGGAAAUUGGACUGGUUUGGUCCUGACAAGCCAACACUCUGUGGAAGCGUUAGCCAUGGCUGUAGAAAAGUGCAGCGAUUGCAAUGUGAUUGCUCACUGGAAAGGCAAACACGUGUUUGUGGUUGGAGAAGCAACCAAGAAAAUAGCAGAAAGCCGUUUAGGGUUGGCAUGUCAGGGAGAGAGCUGUGGCAAUGCAAAGUCUUUGGCACGGUUCAUCAUAAAUGAGAUGGAGGAGUUACCAGCAACUGAUGAGGCCAAACCUCUGCUCUUUCCCUGCAGCAGCAGCAGACAAGAGUCUCUGCCAACCAUGCUCACUAAUGCAGGAGUCGGGCUCGAGUGUAUAGCUGCAUAUGAGACGAGGCAGCAUGUGGAGGUCACGUCGUCUCUACACACGUUUCACGAGAAUCAUGGUGUUCCAGACUACAUAGUCUUCUUCAGUCCAUCAGGUGUCAGUUACACACUGGAAACGUUAAAGCGCCUGAAUUUCAUUCCUUACACAAAGUGUGUUGCCAUUGGUGCCAGCACUGCAGAAGCAUUACAGAGUGAAGGAGUUGUGUGUUCCACAGCCCAAAGCCCAACACCAGAAGGCGCAUUGCAGGCGUGCCUACAGAUGACGUGAUAACGUGUGGCUAUUAUUAUAUAUAUAUAUAUAUAUAUAUAAACGCUGGUAAUAUAUAUAUAUAUAUAUACCAGCGCUUAUUAUAUAUAUAUAUAUACAAUGCUAUAUGUGGUUAAUUUAUUAUAUAUUACUGUGAAGGUUUAUAUAGUGUUACUUUUCUUGUAAGUUUGAUUAUCACCGGUUGAUAACUUGCCGAUUAACAUGAAUGAGUGAGGUUUUUAACAGUACGAGAGUUGUAUCGUUUGAUAUUCAUCUACUCAUGAUUUGUUUAAAUGUGUCCACACAGUAGUGAAUAAAAUGCAUAUUUAUGGACAGUCAAGAUUAAACCAUUACGAUUUUUUAUAUGCUAGGUUAUUGUAAUUUAUAAAUUAUGCGUAUUGUUAACUGAAUUCGGACGAAAAUGUAUUCAGUAUAGAGUGUGAUGUUUGCCAUUCACUGUUGCCGAGUGUCGUUCUCAUCUACAACUAUGUAAAAGAUGCAAGCAGAUAAUUCUGUUUCACCUGAUAAAAUCAAAGCUAAAGAAAGCCCGAGGUUCAUGUUAUUAUCUGAAAUAUUAUACAUAGUUUUUUGCAACAAGUAA